AAGAAAGAAGGUAGUAUGCGCCAACCAUCUCUGUUUUUGACAUUCCCAUUUUCUGUCUCUCCUCUUUUUCCACCCCGAGAGAAAAAACCAGAGAGACAGAAGAAUAACAUUUACAUUUUUUAUCCAUCAAUUUUCUUCAAUUUCAUCAAAGCCAUGGCUCAGGGAAAGCUUGAAGUCCUCCUCGUCUCUGCCAAAGGCCUCGAGAACGCCGAUUUCCUCUCAAGCAUGGAUCCAUAUGUCAUUCUCACUUGCCGCACUCAAGAACAGAAGAGCAGUGUUUCAACAGAUAAAGGAUCAACCCCAGAAUGGAAUGAGACCUUUUUGUUUACAGUCUCGGGACAUGUUCCUGAACUCCAUCUCAAAAUUAUGGACAAGGAUACUUUUACUGCUGAUGACUUUGUUGGAGAGGCAAAAAUUCCCUUAGAUGUAGUCGUUGAGGAAGGAACUCUUCCUCCUACAUCUUACAAUGUUGUCAAAGAUGGUGAAUUCAAGGGAGAAAUUAGAGUCGGACUGACUUUCACUCCUGAGGCGUACCAUAAUCGUGAUCUUCCAGAGGAGGAAUUCGGUGGAUGGAAAGAAUCAUCAUACAACUAAAGAAAGAAUUGAGCUAGCUGAAGGUGGUGGUGCAAUUUACUUGAUCAUUAGCAUUCCAGCAAUUGGAUGACCUCUCAGAGAGUUUUUCGUUACUGCUAGGCCGAUUUCCCUUAGUCAUAUUUUUUUUUAUCUUUUCUCUGUUUCAAUUUUGAAGUAUAUCACCAGUCACCCCAGUUUCUAUAAAAAUUAUGGAGUAUUGAGCUUGAGCUUUAAUGGUACAAUAUUUUACUUAA